UAUUUUUUUCUUUACUGGAAUGAGAAAAGCAAACAAACAUCUAUUUGCUGCGUGCAGCGCGCAGUAGCGUAGUCCUACAUCAUCUGUGCACUACCUAAAGACCACCACCGAUACGUCCCCGGCCGUACGAUCGAUGCAGUGUACACACACACAUGGACGGCCGCAUGAAUGGCCCGGGGUGAGGUCGCACGGCGUAGAAUCUUGGCCUGCUUGGUACAAUACAAUGGCCCGGCUGUCUGCUAACUAACUGACGAACUGUGAACUCGGUUCCCUCUGCAGCUAGCAGCAUCAGUACAUAGUGAAAGUGGAAGGAAAGUUGUACGAGUGUUGUGCCCGACCUGCUGAGCUACCGCCUCUAACCAAAUCAACGACCCGAAUAUUUACCACAUAACCACAUGGGAUGCAUGGGUAUAAAUACCCGGUGAACACCAUUUAAUAUUAUCAGAGAAAACCACGACGUGUUCUGAAAAGAUGUACCGAUCAAAGUACCCAGAUGAUCCUGGUAUGCAUAAUACAGGUUCCAAGCACCAUGGACGCCAUCAAACCACUGCCAGCAACAAUACUACAUUGCUUGAGCGAAUGUCCCAUAGUUUUACAGGAGCUAUGCUUGGUCUUGGCAUGUUUGUUGUGUCAUUCUUUAUUCUCUUUCUAAAUGAGGGAAAAGCUGUGCAAACUGCCCAGUCACUUGAACAAAGUUUGCAUCUUGUUAUACCGAUUACAAACAACAAAGUCAUCUUUCAGGAAAACAACUACAAACUGGUGCAUUUGACUGGGAAGCUCAAAACCGAUCAGCCUCUAGUUGAUGUACUGUUUGAUGUGCAUGUUCCAGCCGUCAAACUAAGGAGAGAAGUCUUCAUGUACCAGUGGGUUGAACAUCAGAACAAGCAAGAUACAAAAGAGGGCUCUGACAACAAGAUACAAACGGAUUUCAUGUAUACCAAAGAAUGGAAACCUUUCCUGGUGGACAGCAAUACUUUUAACAACCCGACAAAUCAUAAGAAUCCUAAAGAGAUGACAGUCAGUCCAAUGACCUUUGUAGCAAUACAUACCUACAUAGGAAACUACAUGAUAAAAGACAGCUUGAAAGAGAAGAUUGAUAAAUUUAAGCCAUAUGUUCCUACCAAAGAACCAAGUAAACCCAAUGUUCAGCUCAUUGAUGGCAAGUUUUAUCAAACAGACAACCCAUUCAGACCAAAGGUUGGUGAUGUGAGAGUAACAUAUAGCUAUGCUGGAGUGAGUGGUGAGGAUGCUAUACUAGGAGAUCCAGAUACAGUCAGUGUUAUAGCAAAGCAAUCAGGAAAUCAGCUAACUAAGUAUAAAACAGAUACAGGAGAGUCACUUGAACUGGUUCACUUUGGAGAAAAAACAGCACAAGAAAUGAUUGAAGAUGAGUUACAUGCAAGUAGUACUCUGACAUGGACACUUAGAGUUGGAGGAUGGCUUAUAAUGCUCAUUGGAUUGAACUUCAUGACAAAUAUUAUAUAUACUUUAGUUGAGUGGUUCCCUAUACUUGGUACCAUGGUGAGCAUUGGUCUAUCAGCUUUCAAUUUAUGUGCAUCCAUCUCACUUUCUGUGAUAACGGUUUCUGCAGGAUGGCUGUGGUAUCGACCUAUCUUAGCACUCUCAUUGAUAGCACUGGCCUCAGUACCACCGCUACUGUCUUAUAUUAGAGCAAAUCAAAUCAAACAAGAUUCAAAGGUUUAACAGGGUAUUAGGUGUAUGUUCAUAUUUGUUCUUACUUUUUUGAGUCCUGGUUUUUAGGGCAAGUAUAUCACUGAAAUACAUGUACAUGUAUGUGCAUAUACCUGGUACCUGUGUCAGCAUGCAUCAACAUGGAGUUGUGUCAUCUUGAUCAUCAAAAACAAUGUGUUGACAGAUAAAAUUGCCAAAUCACCAGGGGUGGAGUUCACAAAGAUAUAAGACUAGUCUUUAUCUCGAGUUAGGACGAGUUACUCGUCCUACAUAACUUAGGACUAGCUAUACGUUUUUGAUAUCUCCUAGGACUAGUCCUAUUAAAGUUAGGACUUGUCCUAACUCUUUGUGAAAUCCAGGUACUUUUAGACACGCCACUACGUGUACCUUUGUGUUGUGUUCUCACAAUUAUUAUCUGGCAAAAGUUCUACACCAUUUUUCUUAAUAGUUCAUGGCUGCAUUAGUGGGAAAUAAACAUCAUCAUGCAAUAAGAUAUUAAGCAUGCAAUAUUAUACACAUAUUGACUGGCAACGAGGUAACUAGUAUACGUCUAUUCCCACCAGGGACUUUGA